GAAGGGGAAAACGGCAACAAAAGGGACUCCGACAUGCGGUGCAGAAAGUGAAAACGCGAGAAAAGCGCCCGUCCUUUCUCGUUCCCUUCCGUGCAGUUGCAAGUGUUGCCACGCCGCGCCGCGACACACCACGCAGGAGGCAGCGAGCGCAAUAAUGCGCACGCAGAGGAGCACAGCGGCGUCACUGCUGCGGCAGUAAUGGCCGCCUGGUUCCACUUCCACCACGGUGUGCACUAGCGCUACACCGAGGCCACCUUUUCUUGGUUCCUUCAACACGCCUACUCCGGCCUCCGGAUCGGGCACCACGUCUGCCCCCUGCUCCCGGAAUCUUUGCCAAGCGGCGCCGCUACUGUCCGGCAAGGCGACCCCGUCUCUCGGCCGGCGUUGAUCUGUUUUGUGCCGGUGCUAACGGAAACCGGAAAGUUUGCGUCUUUAUGUUACUGUGGUUGAGGCGGGCGGAGUGGCGGCGCGAUGGGCAUCUCGGCGAGGUGGCUCAAGUCGUUAGUUGGGUUGAGGAAGGUGGGGCGGCAGCAGCAGCAGCGGCGAAAGGAUGAUGCAGAUGUUGGUCGAAUGAAAACCGAUGUCGCCGACCAGUUUCAUUUUCAGAUUCAGCACUCUCAAGAUGACAAUAGCAUUGCUGCACAAGAAAUUCCAGAGGUUUCUUAUGGAAAUGAUCCACCUGAAGAUGAUUCUAAUGUACCUUCAUGCUUCGAGCCUGCUCGUAGUUCAGCUCAUAUGCCAUUUUGUCAAACUGAAGAAGCCCAGAAAGAGAUCUGGGCUGCUACAAUUAUUCAGACAGCAUUUAGAGCUUUCCUGUUCCCACUUGGGUUUCUUCUUCAGGCAAGGAGAGCCCGCCGAGCUUUAAAAGGGUUGGUUAGGCUUCAAGCCCUUGUAAGAGGUCAUAUAGUAAGAAAGCGAGCAGCUACGACACUCCGUUGUAUGCAAGCUUUGGUCAGGGUUCAGGCCCGUGUUAGAGCAAGGCGAGUUCGCAUGGCUUUGGAAAACCAGACUGAUCGGCAAAAUACUUCACCAGAGCACACGAUCGAGGCACGUGUCAGAGAAAUCGAGGAUGGCUGGUGUGAUAGUAUCGGUUCUGUGGGAGAUAUCCAAGCAAAACUUCUAAAGAGGCAGGAAGCGGCAGCUAAACGUGAGCGAGCCAUGGCCUAUGCUCUAGCUCAUCAGUGGCAGGCAAGUUCAAGACAACCUACAGCAUUUGAACCUGACAAGAACAGCUGGGGCUGGAAUUGGCUAGAGAGAUGGAUGGCUGUUCGGCCUUGGGAGAGUCGGUUCCUUGGCACUUACGGGACAGAUGGGAUUUUUGUAGUUAAUGAAACCAGACAACCUGACAGAAGUGCAACCAAGACCCCAUACAGAAAACCUGUUAAAAAGCAUGAUUCAACCCUUCAAUCAAACAUGUUGAACCAGAAGGUCUUCCCAUCAAACUCAGAGGGUGGUGGCUCCUCGACAAAUCGAUCAAGUGGUUUGGUAUCAACUAAAUCUAGACUGAAGGUUUUACCCAGAGAAGGUUCUGAGGAAGCCUCAUCUCAUCCUUCAGUAAUUGUGCGGUCCACUAGUAAUCCGAAGGAGAGGAUUUCCAGUAUUAAUUCAAAGGAGAGGACUGGGGACUUGGAUUUUCAAGUUCAUAAAAGAUCCUCCUUGCCUGGCAUUGGUCCAGAAGCUGGCAAACACCUGACAAAGAAAGGCAUGGUUAACCGAUCCCUGAAGGCCACAAAAGAUUCCCAAAUACUGGGGUCAAGGCAUCAUCUUGCCAGUUCCAUUGAUCCAGUUCCCACCAGAGUUGAACUGGAGACUUGAGAAGGCAUGUUAUGCUCGAACAUCGCCAUGGAUUGCACCUAGCAGCUUGGAUGCCGUUCAUGCCUCAAUGGCUGCAUGAAUGUGUCGCAACAUCUAUGUUAUACUGGUGGUGGCGGUUUUCGAGUUUCGACACCAUAUAUGUAGGCUCAUUUCAUGAGAUAAAAUCAGAUGCAUGUGAGCAUGUCCAUAUAUGUUAAGAGGAUUACCAUUGGUUUUAUUGUUGUAUUUGUAAGUUGCCGUUAGGAGGUGUAAAUUUGUGUCGUCGAGUGGUACUUAUUAUGUGUUGUCGUAUAGUUGUGACUCGAAGGUUAAAGGUGGUUUUGGUUCUACUGCGAAGUGUGAACUGUAGUGAGCUGUGUUCUGUAAAAAAAUAAAGUUGUUGUGAUUUGUCUACUGUAAAAAAAAUGGAAGUAACUUGGUUCAAGCUGCCGUGAAAAUGUAGAUUUUAUAUGAUU